AUGUAUUUUCUGGUCUUCACAGUCUUCAUUGGCAGGUGGAGGUACUUACAUAUGGACAUGUGAUAUCAGAUAGUUAUAAAUGGCAUUCUCUUAUAUAUAACCAUCACCAUGAACACUGAGCAAACUGGUUGAAACCUGAUUUAGCAACUAAGUCAACAUUGAGUAAAGAUUAGUAACUUUUUGGCUAAAUACUAUAGAUUGAUUAACUUUGACAUGUAAUGGUGAAAUGUAAAUGAAAUAACAUAAAACACUAAUAUUGUUGGCUGUAACAGCAUAACGAACAUGAAUCAGGAGGAAUAACCGCACACUGACAGUAGUUUAAAGGGCCAAACCUACUUCUGUGCUCACUAUUUUGUUGAACCACACAGUAGGACAUAGAGUUAAUACAGUAUACACAAUAUAGGACGUGAAGAUUUGAUGAGAUAAAUACGAUAUUAUAUGUAGAUUGUGCUAAUUUCCACAAAAUAUUUCAAACAUUUCGCUACGAUUUCCUGCAUUUCCGAAGGGCCAUGAAGGCAGCAGCGGCACAGACGUGGCCGUGGUGCAGCUGCUGCGUUCAAGUGACGCAGUGUGUCCCGUCUGGAGGCAAGAGAGGGCGAAGUUUCACUCUCUGCAUUGCAGCCUGAGCGCUGCUGCCGGAAUCCAACACAACAAUGGCGACUCCCAGUCCUGACAGCAACUCCACAAGCUCCAGCAACAGCAGCAGCAACAGUGUGGGAUCCACGUCGCACCAUUUUCACCAGCAGACACAGAGCAGCAGCAUGCAAGAAACCAACACCUGCUGGAGAUGUCAAAAUGAAACAGGGUUUCAGAUAAGCCUGUCUGGAGUGUCCCAAAGUAAACGCAAAGCUCUGAAGCUGAAUUUCGCCAACCCUCCAGUGAAACCAGCCUCCAGGCUCCCACUCAAUCCAACGCCUCCCUCCUUCCAGAACCCUCACAUAGAGCGUCUGCGGACACACAGCAUCGAGUCGUCGGGGAAGCUGAAGAUCUCUCCGGAGCAGCACUGUGACUUCACCGCAGAGGAUCUGAGAGACCUCGGGGAGAUCGGCCGCGGAGCGUAUGGCUCCGUCAACAAGAUGGUCCACAAACCCACGGGCCAGAUCAUGGCUGUCAAGAGGAUUCGCUCCACCGUGGACGAGAAGGAGCAGAAGCAGCUGCUCAUGGACCUGGACGUGGUGAUGAGGAGCAGCGACUGUCCCUACAUCGUUCAGUUCUACGGCGCUCUCUUCAGAGAGGGGGACUGUUGGAUCUGUAUGGAGCUUAUGUCUACCUCAUUAGACAAAUUCUACAAAUAUGUAUAUUGUGUAUUAGAUGACGUCAUUCCAGAGGAUAUAUUAGGCAAAAUAACAUUAGCGACCGUUAAAGCACUGAACCACUUAAAAGAAAACUUGAAAAUAAUUCACAGAGACAUCAAACCUUCCAACAUUCUAAUGGACCGAAGGGGAAAUAUCAAGCUGUGUGAUUUUGGCAUCAGCGGUCAGCUGGUGGACUCCAUAGCCAAGACCAGAGAUGCAGGCUGCAGGCCUUACAUGGCGCCUGAGAGGAUAGACCCCAGUGCUUCCAGACAAGGCUAUGAUGUCCGCUCUGAUGUGUGGAGCUUGGGAAUCACCCUGUACGAGCUGGCCACGGGAAGGUUUCCCUACCCCAAGUGGAAUAGUGUUUUUGAUCAGCUGACACAAGUGGUCAAAGGUGAACCUCCACAGCUCAGCAACUCCGAAGAGAGGCAGUUCUCCCCCAAGUUCAUCAACUUUGUUAACCUAUGCCUUACAAAGGAUGAAUCAAAAAGGCCAAAGUACAAGGAGCUCCUGAAACGUCCCUUCAUUCUGAUGUAUGAAGAGCACUUCGUGGACGUCGCUGGUUACGUAUGUCGCAUCCUGGAUCAGAUCCCCGCCUCUCCCAUCUCUCCCAUGUACGUGGACUGAUGGAGUCAGGCUGGGGAGUUGUGGGGUCAGUCUGGGGCGGGCGGGGGUGGGACACUUAAGCUUUGUGAUGCAACGCUUGACAUUGUAGCCCUCAGAGUUAGGUAGGAUCACCUGUUUAUUCACACGUUCCAAAGAACAGAGGAACUCAAAGUCCAAAUUGCCCGGUGCAAUGAGAUGAUACCGUUAAGCGAACCCUUCCACCACCCAUCACCUCAUUUAAAGUCAGCAAAAUCUAAAAUGUUGUCAUCCAUCUUCACUCAGAAAAACUUGAAGACAUAACAUUGUCUUAGUAAAAAUGCAAUGCAUCUUUUUAUGUGAGGAAAACGGAAUAGAGUAAACAUAUAUAGGUAUAAAUAUAUAUACUUGAACUCGUUGUACACAAAUACAGAGUCUACCAAAUAAAAUGUUGAACAGUGACACUCGUAUGAACAAAAAUAGCCACCUAUUGGAUUGUACAUUGUGGACUGUAUGUAUGCAUAUGUGUGUUCACCUCUGAAUUGUUGACAUGUACAGAUAUCUGCCAAUAGACCUACUGUCUAAACACACACACAC